CAGGACAUAUGCAGACGAGAAGCCCUCCCCCACCCAAAGUACGAAGACCAAGGAUACUCAGAUAAUACUCACAUCAGAUUCUUCACUACUCGUUGCACAGUAGGUCCAUUCACGAGGGAGGGGGAAGGAAGAACGAAGAAGCAAUCGAAACACCUUGCAGCUAGGAACAUGAUAAUUCUCCUGUCAGAGACCAGGGAGAGCGUGAGGGAACUGAUCGAGGAGUUGGGGAGAAGAAAUCCGAUGAAAAUCGACAGGAGUGGAAUUCAGUCCAACGAGAGCAAUGGGAAUAUCAGCCAGACUGGUUCUCUCGAUCCUUGCACUGAUGAUUCUUCAGAGAAAAAGGAUAUUCGUGGGGCACGUGUCGAGCAGACCCAGUCGUCAUCCAAUAUCAGCAAACAAUUUGGCGAGAUAACUCUUGAAGACAUCAAAGGCUCUUCAGCAACUCUAAAUGAAGUCCAGGGGGGGAAUGUUACUCAUUCGAAGCAGCACCAGAUAUCAGCAUCAAAUCUCAACAGCAAAUUCGAUGCAGCUAUGAAAGACUCUUCGACAACUCCACAAGAAUCUAUCAAAGACGAAGUUUAUGGGGGGAAUCUGACACCCUUGAAGCAAACUCAGACCCCACAAUACAAUCUUAUGAAACGAUUUGGUGGCAUGACUCGUGGAGUCAUCAGAUACCCAUCAAGUUUAGGACAACCGAUCAAAAAUAAAGUUUACAAAGAGAAUGAUAAUUUUAGUGACGUACCUCUUGCAGUUGUUGAAGACUCACCGACUUUAAAACUGACUGUCAAAAAUGAACUUGAUGGGGAAAAUGCAACGCCUUCGAAGCCACCGAACCUCUACAAAAGAUUGAAUGAAACUAUUGAAGUCAAAAACUCUUCCGAAACUUCGAAAGAGAUGAUGGAAAAUGAAGUUCGUAGUGAUAGUGCGACACCUUUGAAAGGAAUCCAGACCCAGAUUUCACCAUCAAUUCUCAACAGUCGACUCAGUGACAUGACUCUUAAUAUCAGCAAGGCCUCCUCAAGCCCUCGUCAAUCCUCAAACUAUUUCAAACGUGAUCUCAUGUGUCAGCGGUGGUCCAUCGUGAGGCGGCUUCACAACCUGGCGAAAGAUCUCAACCAGCCCCAUGCUCAGAAAACUGAAGAAUUUGCUCGCAGUAUCUCUGAAGAGUUGAGGAAAAUCCUGAUGCGACUGGAGAUUGUGCAUUACGAGACUCUCCAGCAGACGCAUGACGGAAAAUUUAUGAUGGCUCUCUACCUUUCGACGGAUCCGAUUAUCGUGGACGUUGGGGUUGAUGUUGACGAGAGCAAUCUCAAGGUUUUUAUGUAUCAAAGGGUCGUGAAAGCUCUUCUCGAUGUGAUGGGGGGAUAGUUCUGGGUGAUGUUGGCUUUUAUUACGAUUUAGGGGUUUCAUUUGUUGUGGGAUGAAGGGGCAUGCAGAAAACAUUUUUUAAUGUCGCCUCAUUUGUUGUUACGACAAUGCGUAAUUUAAAUUUGAGUUUUUUUAUGAUUUCUGAAAGCGUAACUCCAAUUUUUGGCACAAAAAAUUCAAAAAAGAUUAUUUCUGGACUCAAUAAUAUUUUUUAGGACUAGUAUUUUACAUUAUAAUUUAGCUGAAAACGCUUUCAUUCUAUAAAAUUGAAUGAAAAAAUAUUAUUUUUGAAUAAUUGCUUCGACAUUUUAUCAUUUGAAGAAAUAAAGCAAGGAAAAUCACAUUAGGGUCUGACCCCACUAAUUUUGAACAGUGGAAAACUUUUUUCAUGUACUCCAUACAUUGAAAAAAAUGUAAAAAAUGUUCUAACGGCAGUUUUUUCAAGUUGUCAUCCUCAAAAUGAAGAUGAAUAAAUAUGAAAAAUUGACGAAUCCAAAAACUCAUUAA